AUGAAGUAUUUUUAUGAGAUAGUCCAAGGGUCUUCCCUUUGGCAAGCUGGCCAAGUGCACUUGCCUCUGGCAGGCAUGGCCAAGCGAAUCCAAGGGCUUGCCUCUGGCAAGCUGGCCAAGCACAAUGAGUGCCACUGCAGAUUACAGCACUUUCAGAGUAGGAUGGGAAAGUGUGAUUUUUUUGAAAUAAAGUGCCCGGCUUGGCCUGAAAGCCAUGGCUAUGGCCCGACUUUGGGUGGCUCAGGCUUGACCAUACUCAAGCCUGAGCUUUUUGCAAGGCUCAAGGCUGGCUUAUGGGCAAAAGUCAAAAAAACACAUACAAUCAAUCAAUUAGUCUUGAACCCACAACAAAAUUUCUACAAGUGCACCUCCAUGUCAAACACUGCACCCCCUAUCUCUGCUCCUCAUCACAUUGGGACAAUUAGGACAUCAAGGUUCAGGCAUACCAUCUGGAAACAUCAUAUGAGGUAUCUAAGCAUCUCACACUUGCUUGGACUCAUCACUGACCUCACUACUUUUGCAGACUUUCAGAGAAGAGGUUGA